AUGAACGCGAGGCUUAAUGGCAGGACGUCAAUGAAGUCGCCCUAUAAUGACUCCGUGGACCCUUUCAUUAUUGGCGCCAAAGCCGCGGAGACGUUUCGCCUAUUAUCGAGAAUGGUCAGCGUUGAGGUUCGUCGCGGCUCGAUAGCAUUCAAGGUAGCAGAUUGGUGCACUUCGAACCAAGCACGGAUCGCACACGAGACCCUCAAGAAAGAGGGUUCAUGUUCGACCAAUCUGGUUGAGAGUUCAGGAUACUUGAACACCGAAGGAUGGGAAGGUGGGGCGUACACUGAUGGUCAGGAAGAUUUCCAGUCCAUCGGCCUACCGCUCAUGUGCAGUUGCGUCUGCAAGAUUGCCAUCAGUUACAUUAUGAUCGAGGACAGAUAUCAAGGGAGUACCACGGCUCGUCUCCUCUACUCACGAAGUCGACAUGGACGUCUCGACAAACCUGAAUACAAGCAAGGAAAAGGUACCGGACGAAAGCCGCCCAGCAACCCAUUAAUAGUGCAUCAUAACGAGGAGGUCAGUGGGGUACCCACAGCCACGCCAGCAGCCAACGAAGGCCGCACAGGAGCGGCCAAACUGCUCGAGGCUCUUCCGAACCGCACGAUGAAACGCUGGAGAGGUUGCUUCGCCGAAGUCAAUCGACAGCUGCACUCGCAGCGCCUCAGUGUAAUUAAAGAAGGCUCUGACCUGGCAACGGUUCAGCUUUGA